CCCCAGCCCAAUUCCCGUCCCCAGGAGGAGAAGAAGACGCUGCGGGAGGAGGAGGAGGAGGCGGCGGCGCUGGCGAGGAAGGCCGGGCUCUCCAUCCCCCUGCUCCGGGAGGAGGAGGAGGAUCGGCGGCUGGCGGCGCUGCUCAGCCUGCGCGCCCCCGACUCCUACGAGCAGCGGCAGCGCCUGAAGCGCUCCGAGAUCUCCCAGCGCUCCUGGUUCGGACCCGGCACCUCCCGGACCCCUCCCCAAAAACUGGGCUGGGGGCGUCACGGACACCGCCGGGACCCCCCCCAACCCCCGCCGGGCUCGGCAUCGUCAGGAGGGGGGCGGGGACGCCCCGGGACCCCCCCCAGGAUGGGGGAACCCUCCCCCAGACCGAGGGACCCCUCCCCAAAUUGGGGGAACUCCCCGGGACCCCCCCUGUGCCGCCCCCGAGGACCCUCCCCAGGCUAAGGGAACCCCCCGGGACCCUCCCCAAAUUGAGGGGACCCCUCGGGACCCCCCCAGAUUGAGGGACCCCCCGGGGACGCCCCCGCCCCAUCUUUGGUCGCCGAUUAUUCCGACUCCGAUUCCGAGAGCCCCUGAGGGAUUUGGGGGGGCCGGGACCCCCAAAAAAAACUGUGGGGGGUGGGGGUUGGUUUGGGGAGGGGUCUCCGAGCCCUCUGCCCCCCGCCCCGAGACCCCCUGCCUCCUGUUUAUUAUAAUUUAUCCCCCCAAAAUAAUUAAAAUUGAAAUUUAAAAAUU